AUGCGGCUUUCCUUAAUUCAUGCCAUCGUUGGCCUUUUCUGUCACUGGCACUCUUGCCAAUCUUGCCGCUGUUCACCAUUCAUUCACCCUCUUCUCUUAGUUUUAAUAGCUGGUAUAGUCUGCUCUGAUCCACAUCUUCUUUCCGAUCUGCUAGCUAAUCGACCUGAUAUUCGGAAUCAUUUGGCUAUCUCAAGAACCAUACAAAAUGCCGCUGGCGAGCCCGAAAUCUACCAUUUGUUCGGAUAUUCGGAAGAAAGGAGUCGUCCCAAACCUGCCUGGCCGCCUGAAUUCAUUUUACUGCUCGAACAUCAACCUCUCGAUGGGCCAAAAACUUCUGUCCUUUGGAACCUUACGAGUGGCGUUGAGUUGGUCUAUCUCAGCUAUCCAGCUACCUUGCCUAAGGAACAUGGGCAUGAUUACUGUAUAUUGCUUUCUCAGAAUCACAUCAAGAGCCCCAUACAAAGUUUGUGGCCCUCCACUAUCUCACUUGCAGCCGGAAUCACAGGCUUCCCUGCAAAUUUGACAGAUUUCAGUAGUUUAUUUUUCUAUUGGCUUUCUCAGCACCAACUGCCCCUAUUGCAUCGCGUGCCAAAUUCGCUUGACACUCUUAGUCUUUUGGUUAGACACCUUGUGUCUACAGACCAGAUAGCUGGUGAGGCCGAGCGCCGAUUGGCCCGUUUCUGUAUGAACCUUCUUGGUCCCCGUACGUUUUUGCUACAAUUAACUCAACCCAAGCCCCAAACUUCUUUACUUUGGCCCUGUUAUUCUGAAUUUGAUGGAGAACCUGAAUACGGUAAAACGUUUUAUCUUAGUAGAAGAAGCCCGCUUAUCCGUCGAAUAAUGCCGCAUAAACCUCUCUUGAACCUGCCUUCGUGCCGAGAAGUAGGACAGGAGCUGGCCGGUCUUAUACAGCUAAAUAUGGACUAUAGCUUAUCUUCAGAUGAGAAUUCUAGGAAUAUAGAGAAGCUUCUCACUCCUGUAGAAUGCCGAUGUCAAUUAACACAUUGUCUACUCUGGACUCCUGGUCUUCGUUUUUCUAACUCUGAGUCAUAUCGUCAUGCCCAGGGUCCAUCGGCCACUAGUUCGGGGUUCGGCUCUUUUCGGGUCGAGCAACCAAUAGUCGAUAGAUUGACUUCCAUGAUCCCUGACCGUCAGUUUGCGCAGUCUCUGUUCAACCUUUCUACCAGAGCAGAGGUUGAUGAUUCACCUUUAGUUUUAACUGCCCAUCAAGACUUUGCUGACUCGGAUUUGAUAAGUCGAAUAUGGGCUGAUAAUGGGCUUGUCAAAGAGAAGGGAGAGGAAUAUAAGGCAGCCGAGGCAAGAUUUUGUACGUUCGAACCUUGUAGACGCUGUUUUACUUUCGUUUUUCAGACAUCCUUGUCCGCCUUGUCUGCUUCUGAUGCUCUUACUUUCCAUAGUAACGGGAAUACAUCUUACUCUGCUUUUUGUCCUUGGCAUCUUAUGCCAAUAGUUUAG